UACAUAUAUUUUCCCAUAAAACCUAAGCCUUACAUAAAUUUAGUACCAAAAACAAAAUACCAGUCUCACUAUUAAGAUUCCCCACCAACCCAUUUGGACCAUCAAUCUUUCUAUUAACUAUCAUAAACUAUUAUGUCAACAAGAGCGGCCGGCCUCCCCACCGUCUUCCUCCGCCCGGCCCCCAAAUCAUUCUCCGCCGCCCGCCCGCCCCAAAAUCAUGGGGCUUCGACUCCCGUUUCUUGCUCUUACCCUCUUUCUCUCUCUACACGCAGAGGCAUCUACUGCCCCCGCUGCCUCCUGCCCCAUGGACCUCGGCUAUGUCGACUCCUUCCCUUGGGACUCCUCCGCCUGCGAAAUCCCCCUCCCAAACCCUAACCCCGAUCAACAGCAGCACUGCUGCCAGACCCUCCUCAGCCUCUUCGGCAUCGCCCUCGCCCAACACCUUCGCGAGACCUCCCUUUUCAAUCUCCCCGACCUUACCUCUGCCACCGCUUGCCUCAUCGAUUUCCAGUCGAAGCUUACUGCUCUCUCUCUCCCUGCAUCUCUGGUGCCCUCUUGCUUCAACAACUCGGAGAGGUUCGUCAUCCACCCUUGGGUGUGUGCUGGCAUACAAACGAAGCAAGAUUGGCUGCAUACACUCGGCCCGUCGACGCCCCUUGACAACAGCUGCAGCGGCGACGUCUCAGAUUUAACGACGUGCAAUUCGUGCCUCAAUUCAGGCUUCAACGUUUCUGCUCGACUGGUUACGAUCGCCAAGAAUGCCUCGCAGAGCACUGAUUGCUUCUAUUUUGCUGUUCUAUAUGCUGCUGGAUUCGUGAAUUCGAAGGGUCCUCAGGACCUAGACACUGCCUUCUGCAUACUUGGCCUACCACUGGCGCCACCACGAAAAUCUGGGUUUAGAAAACGCACUGCUCUUGUGUUUGCGUCCACUGGGGCUGGGGUUGCUAUAAUUUUCAUGUCAGCAGUCUCCGCUAUGUACAUUUGGUGGAAGAGGCGCAGGGGCCAGGAGCACCCAGAGAAGGGCUUGAUCUUGCAAGAUGAUGAGGAUGCGAGUGGGAGCCGGGCGAGGGUGAGGCGGCCAAACACAGGUGCGGUCUGGUUCGAUAUUCAGGACCUGAAACGGGCAACCGAUUACUUCUCGAAGCAAAACCUUAUCGGAGUGGGCGGCUUUGGUGUUGUGUAUAAGGGGACUCUUUCGGAUGGGACUCUUGUGGCGGUGAAGGGGCUAACUUCGCCGGAUUACUUGGAGAACAAUGACUUUGCGAAUGAGGUUGAGCUCAUUGGCACCAUCAGGCACCGGAACCUCCUCCCCCUUCGUGGCUGCUGCUUGGCCAAAGAUGAGUCUGGUGAAGAGCAGAGGUUUCUUGUCUAUGAAUAUAUGUCUAAUGGCAGCGUCGAGGACUGGGUGUUCGGCACAAAGAAGAAGGACGGGAAACAGCUGAGCUGGGCACAGAGGAGGGGGAUCAUAGUGGGUGUAGGCAAGGGCCUAGCGUACCUCCACAAUGGGGUGGAGCCGGCUAUCUUCCACCGUGAUGUGAAGGCCACAAACAUCCUGCUCGAUGCUGACAUGAACGCGAGGGUCGCAGACUUUGGGCUCGCAAAGCAGAACAGAGAGGGGCAGUCUCACCUGACUACCCGCGUGGCCGGAACGCAUGGGUAUCUGGCACCUGAAUACGCCCUCUACGGGCAAUUGACAGAGAAGAGCGAUGUUUACAGCUUUGGGGUCGUGGUGCUGGAGAUCAUGAGCGGGAGGAGAGCCUUAGACACAAGCGGAGGCAUGGAUGUUCGCACUUUCCUGGUGAGCGACUGGGCGUGGGGGCUGAUGAAGGCGGGUAAAAUAGGGGAGGUGAUAGAGGAAGGGAUAAGGAAGGAGGGUCCGAUGAGUGUGAUGGAGAGGUUUGUGAUGGUGGGGAUACUGUGUUCUCAUGUGAUGGUGGCGUUCAGGCCCACCAUGACUGAGGCUCUGAGGAUGCUGGAAGGGAAUGUAGAGGUGCCCGAGAUACCGGACAGGCCGACACCUCUCAGCAGCCACGACUCCUCUUUUAAUUUCGACGACACCUUCUCCGUGUCUUCGAGCAUGAUGGGUCCUUUGUUGCGGUCCAAAGACAUGCUCAGAUAGGUAAAUGCCAUAUCUCUGUCUAUGAAAGUCAGAAGCACAAGAAUUGCAGUGUAAGAAAUAAGAAUUACAGUGUGUCAGAAAGAAAGAGAGCCUAAUGUUAAUGGUGUAGAGGACACAGAGUAGUGUUGAAAGAUUCAGCCAUUGGAAUUGUGUAGGCCAUUUUAAGGGUCUGAAUUUGUGAUGGCCAUGGGAGGAUGAAGUGAAUUGUGUAGGCCAUUUUAAGGGUCUGAAUUUGUGAUGUGUUUGGUGUGAAAGCCAUCUUCUAUAACUCCCACCUCUCACUAAUUUGUAAUUAGCAGGAGAGCUGCAUAAAUGGGUUUGAAGAAUGAGAGAAAAGCAGCAGAGAUACGAUUGCAAGCAAAAAUAUUUGGAUCAAGUGAGCCUCUGACCGAUUGAUCUAGAUUUGCUGUAUUAGAGUACUUUAUUUUAAUUUUUUUUUCAAAUCAUAUAAAUAUGAAAUUAUUUAGUAUAUGCCAUAUAGAAAAG